AUGGUAAUAGAAAUCACGAGAAUAAUUGCAACCAUAAAAGUCACCAUUAUAACCAUACUAUUUGUCUCCAUAUUUUGCCUCCAGGGAACUACAUUGCCCUAUAAAAGAGGCCCUAACCUUAACUUUGGAGCACUUCAUGAUAAAAAGUUCGAAUACACACACAAAAGAAGGCUAUUAUUUUCAUCUGUACUAAAGAGAUCAGCCCUCCUCUCACUCAUACCGCUCUUCCUGAAAGUAAAAUUCAAAACCCCAGAGACAAUAGUCUCCGUAACCGAAUGACUUCCCAAAAACGCACAUCUCAUUAACCUCGAACUACGAUUCGACCUUUCAUUCAAACUAUUCUUUUCAGUUGCACUAUUCGUCUCCUGAUCAAUCCUAGAGUUCUCACACUACUAUAUGGCACAAGACCCAGCACCGAACAAAUUCUUCCGCCUCCUAAUAAUUUUCCUACUAAAAAUGAUCAUACUCACCUCCACUGAAAACGUAUUCCUUUUAUUUAUAGGCUGGGAAGGAGUCGGAUUCUUAUCAUUCUUAUUAAUAAGAUGAUGAACUACACGAGCAAGAGCAAAAAAAUCUGCCCUUCAGGCAGUAAUCUACAACCGAAUAGGAGACAUAGGUAUACUCCUAUCUUUCUCCCUCAGGGUUACAACCUUUAACUCCUGAACUUUAUCGGAAAUAUUUAUCCUACAGCCCAGGGGCUCUCUCAGGAAUAUUCUGCUAGUUGGAGCCCUCAUAGCUGCCGCGGGAAAGUCCGCCCAAUUCGGUUUACACCCCUGACUCCCAGCAGCAAUGGAAGGGCCCACCCCUGUAUCAGCCCUCCUCCACAGCUCUACAAUGGUAGUAGCAGGAAUAUUCCUUCUAAUCCGCCUUGGUCCUGUAUACUCAAACGUAAAAACCUUUAAAACGUGAUGCCUUAUACUAGGCUCCAUCACGGCCAUAUUUGCUGCAACAACCGCAAUCUCUCAACACGACAUAAAGAAGAUAAUAGCAUACUCCACUACCAGGCAACUAGGGCUCAUGAUGGUAGCCAUAGGCCUAAACCAACCAGAAAUUGCACUAUUCCAUAUUUGCACACACGCAUUCUUCAAGGCAAUGCUGUUCCUAUCCUCUGGUAGAAUCAUCCACAGACUAAAGGACGAACAAGACAUACGAAAGAUGGGCGGGCUCCACCUAAUACUCCCCAACACAACCGCUUGUAUUAUCCUGGGAAGACUUGCCUUAUCUGGUACACCAUUCCUGGCCGGAUUUUACUCCAAGGACCUAAUAUUAGAAUUAGGCCUCUCUAAACUUUCGAACCUGAUAGGAAUUGUUUUGGCCCUUCUAGCAACCCUCCUAACCGCGGCAUACUCAUUCCGCAUCAUACACUUCUGCUUCACCAAAAGACCAGCCUUCUCACCCCUUUCUCCUACCAGAGAAGAAAAAAUCAAACUAACCAAAGUGUUAAAACGACUAGCUAUUGGUACAAUAAUCUCAGGAUGGUUAAUAUCAAACUUUAUCCUACAGCCCCCGAAAAUCACCAUCAGACUCACCCUUAAGAGCCUCGCUGCCCUAUUAACUGUUUCCGGAAUAGUAUUAACAGCAUCACUACUUCGCACUCUUUCCCUAAAAAUGCCCCCCAAAAACCUCAUAAACGCCAAAACAUUCACCACAAAACAGUGAUUUUACGAACACGCAUCCCACAACAUCCUCACGAGCUUAUCUUUCUCGCUCUCUUUAACAGGAAGAACCCAAAGGAUAGACCGAGGAUGAAGAGAAAAUCUAGGCGCACAAGGAAUAAACUCGGCCUCUUCUGAAAUUUCCCGGGAGUACCAACUAACCCAAACAGGCUAUAUUAAGCAGUACCUUCUCCUCUCUACCACCACUUUCACCAUUAUAGCCAUAGUCUCCACCACCUUUCUAUAA